GAGAACAGCUAAACCCUUGAAAACAACAUUGCAUUAUGAAAUCUAUUUGCUUCAGUAUUUUUUCUCUUCACUGUAAUACGGCUUAUGUAUUUACUUUUCAAUUGUAUGUACGUAUUUCUAUAUAAGCAUAAUGUAACUAGUGGUUAUCACCUUUGUCAUUUUCUAUUUUCUGCCUUUUGCAUGUGCAAUGUCAUUUAGGUCAUACUGUAAAUACAUAGUAUAAGGUUGAUAAAACUUUGAGUCUGCAAGAGCAGCUCUGACAUUAAUAAAAGCAGUUCUUGUACAGACAGCGAACCAAGCAAUACUUGUUCAUCCUUUUAAAUUUAUUGGGAAAAUUAUUGCAAAUACAAGUACUGAAAAGGCUCAGUACUUCUUCAUUUUGGUGAGCCCGACAUGAUAUUCAUAUAUCACGUGCGAUUACAUUGCGACAUUAUUGUUUGCUAAAUUCGCCAAUUGAUUCGUUGUAAUUGUCGCGAAUUAUAAAUUGCUAUCACUUGUACAUAUUUGCAAACUGUCUUCAUUGAACAUUAAGCUUUUACUUAGUUUGCCGUAAGGUAUGGCACCGCAAAGAGGGCAGAAAGGUGACACUUUCAACAAAGUGAAACCACGUUUCUCAAAAGGAAAUGCGCUUCGUAUAUCUAAGAGCUUGCUGACAUGGAAAAAUUUACUAGCGCGGAAGGUCUAAGGGAGCUCAUUGAAGAGGAGCUAUCUAUCCGUUUAGAGCUCUUGGGUGAACUGAAGCAUAACUUCGAAACCGUGCAGUCCAAGCUAGAAGAGCAUCAUUAUGAGGAGCUUGAAGCGGAUUGGCGUCCCAAAUUCACUGAGGGCUACAUUCGAGUGAAAACGGUGCUAACAAAGGAGAUAAGCUCGCGCCACGUGCCUAAAAUGCGGCAUUCGUCUACUAUUCGCCACCUUGCAGCAGAGGAUCAAGCAACUUCAAUUAUCAUCUCUCAACCGAAGGCCCGUCUACCUCCAUUGCAGAUCCCGAAAUUUGGUGGAGCAUACACCGAAUGGCCCGAUUUCUACUCAA